CUUCGAUUUAAGGUUACUUAUUUACUUCGUAGUAAGGAAUAUAUUGUUGGUACAAGUACAUCACACUUAGUUGGCGAUGCCUAUUCAAAUAUCCGUUUUCUAAAUAAUCUUUCUCAAAUUUAUCAACAUCUUGAACCUUUACCACCUCGUCCUAUUUUUCAACGGUGUUUACUCAACAAAGAAAAAGUGGAUCUUUCUUUUCCGCUUGUUAAGGAAAUAUCAGAAAAAGCUGAAAAGAUUGAAUCUUUUUUUGGACGUAUUAUCAAAGGAAAAUCCGAAACUGAACAAAUCAAUUUAUCAUUUUCUUCUGAACAACUUAUUAGAUUACAUAGUAUUGGUAAAUGUGAUGAUGAAGAAGUGACGAUUCAUGAUACACUUUGUGCUUAUAUUAUUAUUACUUUAAAUAAAUAUUUUUUUCUUACAACGGAUGAACAUAUCCAACGUGCUCGUAUGAUUGUUAAUUAUCGUGGUACAUGUGAUUCAUUAGUGACACAGGAACAUGUUGGAAACUACAUUAUGUCAAUACCAUCCUCUCAGUUUACAGAUUCACUUUCUUUAUCCUCUACUGCGAAAAUGAUUCGGCAAGCAAUUAAAACGAUUCGUAGUGAGGAUUUUCUCGAAAAAUGGCUUGUUUCAGCUGAUGUGUUAACGAGACAACUUAUCAAAGAUGGUCGUGUCAAUUAUGUAUUAGAUCAGAAUGAAGUUAUUUUUAAUUCAAAUUUAAAAUAUGAUUGGGCAAAUGAAGUUAAUUUGGGUAUGAUAAAUCAAUGUCGAUUUCACACAGCAACAUCAUUUAAAUUUUAUUUUCGAAUAUUUCAAUUGAAUCCUAUUAAGGGAAAAGAUGGACGUUGGACAAAAGAUAAUGGAGGUGCACAAGUAGCUGUUAGAAUUCCAAAAGGAGAACGGAAAGAUAAGUUUUUAGAAGCAUGGGCAAAAGAUAUUCAAGAGAAUUUUGCUAAUGUUACUCCUUUGGAAGCGACUGGCCCCUGA